AUGGCGUCCAGCGUUGACUUCCCCUUCCUGAAGCCGUAUUGGCCCGGGGAGAGACCGCCAGCCGCUUCGAUGGCUGCACUCAGCCUCGUUGCAACCACCUUCUCGAAGACCUUCCCGAUGGUGUCCAGCAGACAGAUGGGCCUAAGGCAUGCAGAGGAGACGGCGCCGGAGGCACGGGAGCCAGCGACAGCGGCAGCGGGAUCACACGCAGCAGCGGAGGCACCGGCUGCGACGGCGGCCGGGAAGCCGGCGGCAGCGACGGAGACGCCGACAGAGGCACCGACACCGGCAGCGGCAGCGACGGAGGAACCGGCAGCGACAGCGUCGAAAGAACCGGCAGCGGACACGGAAACAGCGACGCCCGCAACGCGGCCACCAGCCGAGGCCAUACGGAGGAGCCAUAUGGAACAGCAGCACAGCCGGCGAGCAGCAGCAGAGGCGCGACGCGAGGAGGAGCGGCGACGCGGGGAGGAGCGGCGACGCGAGGAGGAGGCCCGAAGGAAGGCAGCAGAGAAGGCGCAAAGGGAGGCGGCGCUGAACAAGGUCAUAAUGCGGGAGGCACGGGACGCCCUGCAGCGGCAGAUGGAGGCUGCGCGGCGUGAAGCCGAAGCCCACGAGGGGAACGAGAAGGAGGCUCCGCCUCCUCCGAGGUUCUUACAGGGAUGCGGAAUACACCAUGAUGUCGUCCAUGUAUACGAGGCAACAUUUCCCCAACAGCUCCCCGAAAAGGUUAUUCAUCACUCUCUGGAACGUCGCUGGGGCAUUACUGAGCCCAAACGGCAUCCUCACGUAUUCGAAGUGACCCCCUUCCGCUGA